UAUAAUCUGUUUGUUUUAUCUGAGGAAGUUUUAUAUAAUUGGUUUUAUCACCUGCAUGGUUAAGAUUCGAAGGAUUUUGCAAUAAUAGUCAUACAUUUCAUGUAGUAACAUUUCAGUCAAUCAUUAUGUCAAAUACCGCAACUUGUACAUUGAACCAGUAUAUUCAAUUUGUUGAACGAUCGUUCAGAACUUCCCAGGGCACUAUCCUAGCGCGGUUGCUGUCAUUAAGAGACGAUCAUGUCGGAAAUAGAAACUUACGAUCUAGCGAUAUUGCCACUCUAGUUAAUGGAAAUUGUGUUGAACCACUGGAUGAGAUAAUUAUAUACCACCUAUUAUGUGCUAAGAGCUCCGUGGCAACUUGACUUUUCAACGGUCCAUACGUGACUGUGCACCAAGAAGUGAUUGAGUGGUGUUCAAGCACUUCUUGAUGUGGACACAUUUUGAGUGUACAUGGUGUAUCUAGGGUGUUUAAUAUUGUUGGCAAAUUCAUGCAACUUAUUUGGUUGCAUUAUUGAGAACCAAUGCAGACUGGUCUCCAAUAUCAGGUACUUGUUUAGAAUAUAUUCUUCAAGUUACUCUAUAAUAAUGUUUUAGGCUUUGUGCAUGAAGGAGUAUGAACAAGCAUAUGAACGUCAAAGUUCAUGUGUGGCUAGUGUUGUGAAAUUGAUCCAAGCUCAGCAAGGAGACAACUGGAAUCUUCCACUUCUUUAUACUGUCAGUUUAGAUCUGAGACUUGUUGCUCAAAAAGCUGAAGCUACAUACCCUAGCAAUGGAAAAAUUCUAGAAAAAGCUGCUGAGAGUCUAUUAGCUGGCUUUAGAGUAUGUGUGGGAGACAACAGAUCAUCUGAACCAUACUCGAAAAAAAUUGGAAUGCUGACUAUUGUAAACCAAUUGCUGAAGGUUUAUUUUCGCAUUAAUAAAAUACACUUGUGCAAACCUCUUAUAAGGGCAAUUGAUUCAACAAAUUUAAAAGAACCGUUUCCAUUGGCACAACGCAUUACAUACAGAUACUUUGUGGGCCGCAAGGCAAUGUUUGAUUCUGAUUACCAUGCUGCAGAUGAAUUUUUGUCAUUUGCAUUUCAAAAUUGUCACAGACAUAGUUUCAAAAACAAGAGGCAAAUACUGACAUAUUUAGUGCCAGUUAAAAUGCUACUUGGUUUCAUGCCUACUAAGAAAGUUUUAUAUAAGUAUGACUUGGCUUUGUUUUGGGAUUUAGCUUGUGCUGUAAAAGAUGGAAACUUGAGAGGAAUUGAUAAAGUAAUGGAAGAGUUUGAAAGCUUCUUUAUACAAGCUGGCAUAUAUUUGAUUGUAGAAAAACUGAAGAUUUCGGCAUACAGAAAUUUAUUUAAAAAGGUUUAUUUAGCUGAAAACUCUCAUCAGAUAGACAUAGCAAGUUUCCAAGCAGCUUUACAGAUCAUGGGUCAUGAUGAUGUUGAUGCGGCAGAAACUCAAUGCAUUGUUGCCAACCUGAUUUAUGAUGGUAAAAUAAAAGGAUACAUAUCUUACCAGCAUCAAAAAGUUGUUGUUAGUAAACAAAAUGCUUUCCCGCCUUUAACAAGUUUGUGUUAAUUAAUUGAUUUAAGUAGAUUUAAGACAAUUUUUACUUGUAAUUGUUUAUUUAUAAGGUCAAAAUAAAACACAAAUCACA